AUGCAUCCUCCAUUAACUUUACAUAGGCACCCAAUGUGCGCUGAAAUCAUUGAGGAGUUCCAGAAGUGUCAUCUGGACCAUCCAAUUGGUAAAUUCUUUGGUGAAUGUACAGAGCUCAAGAUAAAGUUAGACCGUUGUUUCCGGCAGGAGAAAUCUAUCAAGCGAAAGGCCAACUUUGAACAAAGUAAGAAACUGAAAGAAAGGCUGCAAGGGAUGAGGAAAGAAGCUGCUGAGAAGAGCAGUGAGGAGAAGUUUAUGGGAGCUUAA